AUGGACUAUGAUGAUGUUGAUAAAAUAUCGCGAGGGAGUGAUCAAACCUUCAUCCACCACCAUGUUGACCCACCAUGUGGAGUUCUCGACCCAAAGGAGGCUGUCCUUUUGGCUGUGUCUUGCGAUGCCUUCGCCUUCGGACAGGAGGACACCAACAACGACCGUAUCACUGUCGAGUGGACCAACAACCCAGACGGAGCUGCCAAACAGUUCCGUGACGGAAUAGUCCGCCGCAAGAACUUGCCAAUUGAGUAUAACCCAUAG